AUGCAAAUUACUUAAACCCAAUUAUUGGAAUGGGUUAAGGAUGGAGAUAUAAAUACACUAAAAAAACAUUUUGAAGAAGAAUUAAAGUUUGCACAUAAAAAAUUAUUGGAAUUUUUUAGCAUGGUUGAUGAUUAGAGUAGAAGUGUUGUACAUUGGGCAGCUUAUUUGGGAUAAUAUAAAUUGAUUAAAUGGUGGUGUAAAGUAUAUAAUCAAAUGAUUGAUUUGAAUAAGGGAGAUAUGCAUUCAUAUACUCCAUUAGAACUAGCUAGCAUCAAAGGGUAUUUUGAUCAGAUUUAUUUUAUUUAGAUAUUCUGGAGAAUACAAUCCAGAAAAAUAAGAGAAGACUAUAAGAUUGUUAGUUGAAAAUGGGGCAUCAAUACCUUGUAAAUGUAGUUAUAAACCCAAUCCAUUACAUUGGGCUUUUUAUUAUGGUAAUAAAGAACUUGUGGAUUAUUUGAUCUCAUAAAAUUUCAACUUGUAAUUGGAAGUAGAGUAGUAAGGAAAUUUUCCUAUUGAUUAUUUGUUUUUAGAGAAUAGAAAUGAAUAAUAUAAGUAAUUUAAAAUAUAGUAUGAAAUAGGAAAGACGUUUGGGAUAUCUUCUAAAAUGUUGUAAUAUAAUAUGCUAAAGUGACUGCUUAAUAAGAAUUGAAGAGGAAAGUUAAAAAAAGAAAAUAAAGGAAGGCAACAACAAUCACAUCUUAAAUUCCAUUGAUGCAAGCUUUAUAACAGGAUGAUGAGGAAUCAUCACCAGAAUCAGAACCAUCUAAAUAUGGAAUACCAUGUUUAAAUAUCUCAAAUAUCAAUAGAAGUUAUGCUUCAAAUUCCUUUAUCUCAAAAAAUACAAAUGUAAAAAGUACUUAAAAAACACCUCAUAGUUAAUAAGUUUUAAAAUAUUAACAAAAGAAUGGAUGUUAAAGAAUUUAAUAAAAGAUUUUAGAUGAAAAUGCUGACAUUCCAUUAUAUGAUGACUCUCGUAUAGAAAUGAAGGAACCAGAAGAAGAAAAGAUACCUGAAAUCAAAGUAUUUAAUUCUAGGAAUACAAAUAAUAGUAAAAUAAUUACAGAAACAAAUUAAGAUGAACUACUUUAAAUACAAUAAUAUAAUUCUAAUAAUAAUAAUUUACCUACUUUAGUAGAACCUAAUCUUAAGGUAUCUUUAUCAAAACGAGAAAACCAUAAAGGUCAUAGAGCUAAAACUACAUUAAUAUUUAAUAAUGAUGAUUUAGAAAAGGGAUCUAAAGAAAAAUUUAUUAUUUCCAAUAGUAAAGCUGAACUAACUACUCAUUAAAAAUAUGAAUGUAGACUUUAAUAUUGGUCUGCCAGAUAAGGUAAUUAAGAUUUCUUCAUAUAUUUUCUCAAAAGAAAAUGCAAUCCAUUUCUCAAUGUUUAUUAAGGAUUUAACUGUUUACAUAUUGCAGCUUAUAAAGGGAAACUGAAAAUAUUAAAAGUAAUUCUAGAAAAUGAUUAUGAAUAUUAUGAUAAUUCAGAACUGUUGAAUAAAAAUACUAAAAAACCUAUCAAUACUGUUUUAUUUAAUAAAGUAAUGAAUUUGAUUUAUUAGCCUAAAGAAAGAAUGUAUUAACAUUCUCACAGAUUAAAAUCCAUCUAAUGCACUUCAUUUAGCUAUUGAAUAAGAAAAAUAUCGUUGUAUGAAAAUAUUAAUAUCACAUGGGAUAUCAGUAGAUGCAGUUAAUAGUAGAUGCUUGAAACCAUUUGAAUUAACUUAUAAUUCUAAAUUUAUGGAAUUCUAUGAAGAAAAUAUUUAAGUAAAAUAAGAGAUCAAAAGUUUAACAGAAUUAGGAUAUUAAUAUGUAAUUUAGACUAAAGGAACAUUAAGUGUAGAAUAAGAUAUUGUUUAUUUAUAAUUAUAAAAUAUUAGAUAAACAUUUAUAGAUAGAGGUUGGAGUUUUGAAUUUUUGAUUUUUCAUUCUCCAAAUCUAGAUUAAUUAGAAUUAUACAAUGAAAAUUAGCAAAAUAAAAAAGUUAAACCUUUAUAUCAUUAUUAUGUCUUGAAAAUACCUCCAGAUUCUAUUUAUAGAUUAGCUGAUCUCUAUUAAAUAUCAUGUUAUAAUUUUUAAACAAAAGUAAAAAUUAAUAAUAUUAAUAUUUAGUAUAUUUGUUAAUUCAAUUAUUAGAAGAGUAGAUUUUUUGAAUUUCCUAAAGAUUUAUAAGUAUAAAUGUUGAUUUUGAAAACUUUGAAUGAUGAAUUUGAUGUUGAGAAAUUCGUUUUAGAAUAAUUAAUUAUAUCUCAUUUUCCUUUAGAAGAUAAAAAAAAAUGUUAAAAAAUUACUUAAUUUUGGGAUUAGCAAUAAAACAAUUGUAUUCGUGAUUCUUUAAGAUAUGAAACUCAAUAAAUAGCUUUAAGACCAUUGCAUGCGAUCUCAUCUUACUUUGGUCCAGUAGUUGCUUGGUAUAUAGCUUUGAAUGUUCAAAUCAUAGGUUGGUUGAUGAUCCCAUCACUUUUUGGAGCAGCUUUAGGAAUUUAUAUAAUUAUAAUUCAAUAAGUAAAGUAAUAAAUAAAAAUAUAUAAGUUCAUCAAUUGUCCCAUUCUAUGCAUUGUUAAUGACUCUCUGGUCGACUUUAUUUAUGGAGAAGUGGAAGAAUAGAGAAUCAGAAUUAAAAUUUUGUUGGGAUAUGCAUAAAUUUAAACAGACUCAACCAUAAAGAGUUAUGUAUACUGGAUAAUACAUUAUAAAUGAAGCUACUCAUACAAUUCAAAUAUAUGAUUAUUUUACAACGUUUAAAAGAAGAUUAAUAGCAGAAGGUCCAGUUAUUUUAAUAGGAAUUGCUAUAAUUGUAUUAAGUUUUUAUGCUUUUAAUCUUUGGUUGUAAUUAUACUCAAAUGAUCCAUUUAUGUCAAUAGUUAUUAAUUCAUUAAAUGGAGUUUCUAUGACUCUUUUUUGUGAUUUAUAUAAAAGACUAUGUAAAUCAUUAGUAACUUGGGAAAAUCAUAUGUAUGAAUCAGAAUAAGAAUAUUCAUAUAUUUUAAAGGUGUUUCUAUUUGAAUUUCUUAUCUCUUAUGUUUCAGUUGUUUAUGUAGCUAUUUUUGAAAGUGAUGCUAGUUCAUUGAGUGUAUCAGUUGCUAGCAUUAUCAUAACAAGAGGAGUUAUUUCAAAUGUAAAAAGUAAUUUAUUACCUUAUGCAAUAUUUCAAUUUGAAAAGCGUUCUCUUACUAGAUUAUUUUCUGAAUUCAAAUAAUUUUUUGCAAAUAAAAUACAAGAAAAAAAGAAUAUACCUAAAAUCUGUAAUUAAAUGUUUUCAUCUGAGAGACUAUCUCAUGAUUAAUAAUUACUUUUUUUAUAAGAACUAGAGAUAAGUAGAAUCAAAGGUCCAUAAAAAAUAUUAUAUGAUGAAUAUACAAGUAUUGCUAUAUAAUUUGGAUAUACAACAAUGUUUGCUCCAACUUUCCCGGCAGCUCCUUUAUUUUUUAUGAUCAAUUGCUAUAUAAAUUUAAGAUCAUCAAUAUACAAUUACUAACAUAUUUUAAAAAGAGAAAGAGCUUAGGCUGCUGAUUCUAUUGGUAUUUGGUUGUAAAUUUUUCAAAUCUUAAAUUAUUGCGCAACUUUUAUGAAUUGUAUUGUUAUUGGAACUGUUAAUAAAGAUUAAUUCAGAGGGAUUAUAGGAAAUUAGGAUGCCCUUGUUAGUGCCUUUUUUUUGGCUGCCAUAGAACACAUAUUACUAUUAAUUAAAUACAUUUUAGAUGUCUCAAUUCCUGAUUGUCCUUAUUGGGUUGAAAAGGAAUUGCGACGUUAUGCAUAUCUAGAAGAAAAAUAUUAGAAAAUUAGUAUAUGA